AUGGAAAUUCCACUCUCAUUUGUGUUACUCUUUCUACUUCUUGUACCUUCCUUCAUUUGUUCUUCACCAAUUCAAGACCCUGAAUUUGUAGUGGAAGAAGUACAAAAGAGCAUUAAUGCGUCAAGGAGAAACUUAGCAUUUCUUUCUUGUGGGACAGGCAAUCCCAUUGAUGAUUGUUGGAGGUGUGAUCCCAACUGGGAAAAGAACAGAAAGCGUUUAGCAGAUUGUGCCAUUGGGUUUGGUAAGCAGGCCAUUGGAGGAAGGGAUGGUAAAAUAUAUGUGGUGAGUGAUUCAGGUGAUCACCCUGUGAAUCCCAAGCCAGGAACUCUAAGAUAUGGUGUUAUCCAAGAGGAGCCAUUGUGGAUCAUCUUCAAGCGUGACAUGGUGAUCAAGUUGAAGCAAGAGUUGAUGAUGAAUUCUUUCAAAACAAUUGAUGGUAGAGGUGCAAAUGUGCACAUUGCCGGAGGGCCUUGCAUUACUAUACAAUAUGUGACCAACAUUAUCAUUCAUGGGAUUAACAUCCAUGAUUGCAAACAAGGAGGGAAUGCAUAUGUGCGGGACUCUCCUACCCAUUAUGGUUGGAGAACUCUAUCUGAUGGUGAUGGGGUGUCAAUCUUUGGUGGGAGCCAUAUUUGGGUGGAUCAUUGCUCUCUCUCCAAUUGCCGUGAUGGACUAAUUGAUGCCAUUCAUGGAUCCACUGCCAUCACUAUCUCCAACAAUUACUUGACUCACCAUAACAAGGUCAUGCUUUUGGGCCACAGUGAUACUUUCAUCCAAGAUAAGAACAUGCAAGUCACCAUUGCCUUUAACCAUUUUGGAGAAGGGCUAGUGCAGAGAAUGCCAAGAUGCAGGCAUGGAUACUUCCAUGUUGUGAACAAUGACUACACUCAUUGGAAAAUGUACGCCAUUGGGGGCAGUGCUGCUCCAACUAUCAAUAGCCAAGGCAACAGAUUUCUUGCUCCCAAUGACAUGACCUUCAAAGAGGUCACAAAGCGUGAGGUUACCCCAAAGAGCCAAUGGAAGAAUUGGAAUUGGAGGUCUUCAGGAGAUUUGAUGUUAAACGGUGCCUUCUUUACACCAUCAGGAACAGGUGCAUCUUCAAGCUAUGCCAGAGCAUCCAGUUUGGCAGCAAAACCAUCUUCACUUGUCAGUUCCAUCACAGCAUCAGCUGGAUCACUUAACUGCAGAAAGGGCUCACGCUGCUGA